UAACAUUAAACUGGAGGAACAUUAUUAAUUUCCUCCAUUCAAUUCGCCAUUUGACGAUGGAAUUAUAAUCAUGAAGAUUAUAUUUCUUUUCUCAACUUUGUUGAAUCUUUGUCUGCAGGUGGAUGUUAGAAACGCGCCUCUUUGCGAAGGAAGAUCAAGUACUUGCUGCCCCGGUUAUGUGAAGGAUGGCGUAACUGGUGCAUGUGUCGAAUGUCCUCGAGGAAACUUUGGUCCUGCUUGUAAGCGGGUAUGCCCUUAUCCUCAGUUUGGAAGAUUGUGCCAAAACAGGUGCCUUUGUGAACAGCACAGAUGUAACCACAUUGAAGGAUGUACGAAAGAAAAACUUACAGAUCAAGUUCAAACAAAACCAACGGUUAUGAAGGAACUCUCUACCGUUGCCAUGGAAAAUGAACCUGAAAUGAAGUUUCCGGGAAUUCAUCAGAAGAACUACAUACAGAGACAGCCCGUUGGAAACACAGAGGACGGAACAGCGCCUAUUCGAUAUUCCAUCUUAAGUCUUGUUGGUCUGUUUGGCGUUCUCGUGGUGUUGUACAUCGCAUCUUACACUAUCAAAAUACACAGACGACAAGGGGCGGUCAUAGACAUGGACAACAUACAAAUGAAAUCUUACGGUACAAAGGAAGGGCUUGAGAUAGGAUAAAUUAUGUGUCACGUGAGCCUCGAUAUGAUCCUAUGUCGCCAGAAGAUUUGUUUUGAUAUGCAUUUAGACAGACACAUAAAACUUAUAUAGCUCAAUUCUCAUUUUUUAUCCCAUAGUAAGGUAGUCUAUAGUAGAAUGGUUUUGUAUAAUGGUUAGUCAGUAGAAAAGUCAGUCAUGGGAAACACGUUAUUUCUCAUUUCACAGGGUGUAUCAAAGUAUCGAUUUUUGUACACUUACACUAUUGUCCAUAAAUUUCUUACAUAUAUUGUAUCUACAUAAUUCUUCUUCUUACAGAAGAGAAAAUAGUUUAAUGGAAAUUUAGGGGACAUUUAUAUACAAACAUGUAUAAAACAUUACAUGUAUUUGUAACUGCGUAUUUGUAGCCAUUCUUCAAGUACUCAAGUGCUAAAUUGUUGUUUGUAGUGAAUUAUUUUCCUGUUUAUGAUUUCCUUAUUUUGGUAUAAUAAUCAUGUGUAUGUGCAUGUAUUUCAAAUAUUCAUUACCAGUUUUCCUGAAAACUGAAAUGAGGAAUUUAUUCAAUGUUUCACAAAAUUAUAGUAUAAUUGUUUUAUGUGGUUUACAACCAAUACAGCAAUCGUAGCAACGACAAAAGUGUUUGAUGAAAAUAAAGAAUUAUGAAAAUUUAUCCUU